CUUAUCUUAUCUAGACAGAGAUAAUGCAGGCUGCAAAAGAAAUGACUGCCAUUCGCUCCAAAGAUCUGUCAGGAUGAAGACACAGUCGACCAACCUUCGAGUGAGGUUACCUGGGUUUGUGUUUGUCACAGAGGUGAUUAUUGUUGUUUUGUAUGCUGCUUUUGUCACCUACGACGAGCAUGCAGACGCCAGAUUUCAGAACAACAAGACUAACCCCAUGGACAAUGCCGUGUACAGGGACUACCCUUUUUUUACCGACAUACAGGUCAUGAUAUUCCUUGGCUUUGGGUGCCUGCUGGCAUUUUUUCGACUCUAUGGCUUUGGGGGGUUGGUUUUUAACUUCCUCACGGCUACUUUUGCCAUCCAGUGGGCCAUUUUGGUGCAGGGGUACUUCCAGUUCAACCAUGAUGGUAAGAUUCACCUUGGAGUGAUCAAUCUCAUAAAUGCAGAGUUUGCCUGUGCUGUGGUGCUGAUAUCUUUCGGGGCAGUGCUGGGCAAGACAAGUCCUCUGCAGCUGCUGGUCAUGGCUUUGCUGGAAGUGCCUGUGUUUGCAGUCACAGAAUGGGCCGUGCUCAAAUAUCUGAAGAUCAACGACGCAGGAGGCUCUAUUCUCAUUCACCUCUUUGCCUGUUAUUUUGGCCUGGGUGUCACUUUUGUACUCUACAGGCCUUCCCUAAAUGAAGGUCACGCAAAGGAGAACACCAGCUACCAGUCUGACAUCCUCUCUGUGAUGGGGACCUUGUUCCUCUGGGUGUUUUGGCCCUCCUUUAACUCAGCUUUAACCCUGAAAGGAGACGACCAGCACAGAGCCAUACUCCACACCUUCAUCGGCCUCAGUGCCUCCACGCUCACAGCCUUCGCUCUCUCUGCCAUGCUGAACAAAAAUGGUAAGCUCACCAUGGCCGACGUUCAGAAUGUGACCCUGGCUGGAGGCGUGACGGUCGGGGCAUCUGUGGAUAUGAUGAUAUCGCCUGCAGCUGCGUACGCUCUAGGUAUGAUGGGCUGCACUGCGUGUAUGUUGGGCUACAAGUACUUGAGCCCUUUCCUGGCACGGCGCCUCAGGAUCCAGGAUCAGUGUGGAAUACAUAAUUUGCACGGUCUAACUGGACUUAUAUCCUGUGCUGCUGGGAUAUGUGCUAUACUGAUGGCUAAAGAGGAGGUUUAUGGCCCCAGUUUGUAUGAGAUCUUUGCCCACAGAGCACCAGUGGAAGGAGACCCUAAGCUGCAGGAGCUCCAGAUGUUGAUCCCUGGUUUACAGCCAGGGUUGGGGAGGACUGCCCGGGAACAGGCUCUGUUCCAGGUCGCAGCUGUGUUCUCCACAAUAGGAGUGUCAGCGCUGGGAGGCGUCCUUACAGGCUUUGUGUUGAAGCUGCCGUACCUCACGUCACCAUCCGAUGAGUUCUGUUUUGACGACGAGCCGUUUUUCGAUGUUCCUCCAGACUACGAUUCACCACUUAAACUCAAUAACACAAUUACAACAGAGGAUUCUGCUGCCUGACAUGCAGCAGCCAAGUGUGGUCAAUGCACGUGACUGAAGAAGAAAAUGUAAAUACGCCUAUGCCUAUUAACUAUUAAUUCAAUGUUUAUAUCCAUUACAUUGUUUAUUAUUAGAUUCAUAAUUAAAAACACUGUCAGUUACACUGUCCAAAACGAUCUAAUACAACCAGUAAUUGUGUUAUUUAUUGUCUUUCAUGCAAACAUAAAAGUAAAUUAAGUCUUAUUGCUCUCUUGGCCAAUUUGUCAUAAGUUUGGGAUGUGAAAUAAACUCUUUUUAAGUUGUGUGCCAUUUUUUCUUAUAGUAAUUAUGUCAAUAAAUCAAGCUGUGAAGAGGGAGAACAAACAAUGAAAGCUUGAGAUGUACCAUCUUGUUUUCGAGGGAGUUUUCUGACAUGAAAGCAUGUAAUGUCCAACAAUUUAUAAAAAUGAAAACCUAAUAUUUACACAUAAUAACACACAUAAGCAAACAGGGCUUGAAUCUCUGCAACAAGCAUCAUCUACACUAAACUGCAAAGCAAUAAAAUGAAUGA